UUGUUCAUUACGGUUCAGAGCUGUGUGUGUUGUACGACAGGCUGUGAAUUCACGUCACCAAAACAUAACGCCUCUACAACAAGUGCGGCUCCUCCCACACACGUGACUGAUCACAUGGUCAUAACAUCAGCUGCCUAUAGCUCGCUAGGACUUAGCCUCUAUCUUCAGUAGCCCCGCCCAUAACAGGAAGUGAUCGCAGAGCAUGUUGGGGCUUGUAGUCCACAUUCAGCAGUUGCUCUCGCUUUACAGAUCUCAACCACAAAACAAACUACGAUUCCCAGGCACCCGUGCGGCAGCUGCCUUCAGCCAAUAGAGAAAAAGGAGGGAAUAUUGUGCUGGAAGUAUCGGCUGCAGCGAGCGAUGGCUCCUCACAGGGGCGGCAGCAUCUGAAGAGCAGUGCGCCCCCUAGUGGGAGAUGGAGAUGGAGGUGGGCGGUGAGACUGAGCAGCAGGGGGACUGCAGGACAUGGUGGACGGAGGAAAACAACAACCUCAUCAGGACAUGGAAGGAUUCAGAAUCCUCUCCGGACACUGGAACCAGGAGGCAUCAGUGUCACUCCGACUUAUCCCACCUCCUCCAGAAAAUACAAGGGUUACCCCCAGCACCCCCCACCCUCCCCCUGGAGCUGACCGUCUUGUAUAACAUGGUGAUCGUUCACACUGAUAUAACUGGUGGGCGACUCCUCGCUGACCAUUCAGUGCAAGUGGAGGACACCCUAAGAAGAGUGCUGGACGCCUUAGGACAGGGUCACACAGUGAACUCCGACCUCUGGGAGAAGAUUCUGGCAGCGGACCGUUCCUGGGAGGUGACCUGUGCCCUGGACAGACUGGUGGGGUUGCAGUGCGCCCUCUGGCUGUCAGAUGGUGGGAUACAUGAUGCAGUGGGGUUGUUCUCCAUUCUCAGUGGGACUACUCCAGACUGCCAUAACCGGCCUCACAAGGACAAAGACUUUUUACAGCUGAUCCAGUCAUGGAAAGUGUCACCAGAGGAGCCGGAGACCAUCCUCACCGUCCAGACCACCAGCCAUGUAAAAGGCGUCCUGUACAAUGCUGCUGCCCUCCUUUUGGGUGUUACGGCGAUGAGCGCAUCUGAUUUUCCCGGGGCGGUGGUUUUCCUGCAGGAGGCGGCCAGCAGUCUGUGUUCUAGCAAGGUCUUGGCGGAGAUCUACGUUUGUCUGGGCUGCUCCUUCUACAAGAUGAUGAAGCCACAGGUUUCCCUGCAGUACUGGAAGAUGGCCUUGAGGACGGAUUUCCGGUGCCUGUCCGCACUAUACCACAGCGCUGCCUUAUACCGCGACGUGGGAGACGCAGAAUGUGAACUGGAGGCUCUCGCUCUUCUUCAUACGGCCUUAGAAAAUCCCAGUGUGGACAAUUCCUCCAAGAAGACAUCUUUACCAUUGAGAACUGAGCUGAUCGUCCGUUCUCCCGUUCUGAGCAGCUUCAUCCACACGCCGAGCUCCUGCGAGGUGAAAUAUCUCAUGGCGAGGCGCUGCCUGCACAACCGGAGCAUAGGCCAAGCAACGGGACAUUACUUAGAGCUGAUGAACGCUCUGCAAGACGGGUCUGGGCCACAGGGUUUAUUCCCCAGUCCUGCCCCUCUUCCCAGGAUCCCGGUCAUCUAUCUUGAAGCGGCUGCAGCUCUUCUGGAGAACAAGCAGUUCCAGGACGCCAUCACCGUGUGCUCGGAGGUCCUGGACAGCGUCGGUCAUCUCUCCGCUGGUGUUGUCUGUAUAGACGAUCUCAAAAACAAUCUGGAGAAGGCAGAAUCUACGAGCGAGCAGCUGAACUGUAUCCUAUGGGCAUCCUCUGCUCAUCUGCUACAGGGAGAAGCCCAGGGCAUGCUGGGAGAUCACAGAGAAGCAAUUACUGACUUUACAAGGUGUAUUAACUUAUUAACAAAAGUGCGAUGUGGCAAUUCUGGGUCUGCAGACGUCCCGGAGUAUAAAGUGUGCGGGGUCCUUAAAGCAGCCGCCUUCCUGGGGAGGGGACACCAGUUCCAGCAGACGGGGGAGGAUGUGAAGGCUCUGAUGAACGCACAGCUCAGCCUGCAGACUGCGCCAGCUUUUCCAGGUGCGACCUCGUGUCUAUUGGCUGCUCUGUGUAGACUGGGACGGAAGAAAGAAGCCGCGUGUCGAUGGAGUAAGUUCCAGAGCAACAAGGAAAACUUACAUCAGCAGUGGCUGCUUAUAAGAGGUGAGCUGCCCCUGUUCCUGUCUGCGAUCCUGCAAAGAGAAGAUUCCACAGACCCAUCAUUGAUGAAAGAAAUGGAGGAUUAUGUACAAAGCGAAGAGAACAGAGUGACAUCUCCAGACAUCGCAUUUAUGACUAUGAAGACCUGAAUUAAUUUAUUGUUAUCUAUCGGGUGACACCACUGUGGUGGGUACAGAGGUUGCAGCAGCACCUGGAGCCUCGGGGAGGGGGGCAGGGCUUCAAGGGGGGUACUCUGGUAAAAAAUAAACAUUUUAAAUCAACUUCUGCCAGAACGUUAAACAGAUUUGUAAAU